AUGGAUCAGCUCCCCUCCCCAGCCAGCAGGCCAUUUAUUGAGUCCGUCGACGAGACGAGCCCUCUCAUUAAUUCACACCAUAGUUCACAGGAUGGCUGGACAAAGGUCGCCUUCGACGGUCCUGACGAUGCAAGCGACCCAAUGAAUAUGCCUCCCUGGAGGAAGUGGGCGUGUGCAAGCAUCCUCGGCGCAAUGACCUUCGCAGCAACCUUCUCCAGCGCAGUGUUCAGCGCCGCAGCACCAGCUGUCGCAAAAGAAUUCAAUGUCACCCCCGAGACCAUGGCAUGGGCGACGUCGCUUUAUAUCUUUGGGUUUGCGACCGGACCUGCGCUCAUGGGUCCCGCUUCUGAGCUAUAUGGUCGGAAACUCCCCCUGUUCUCUGGGUAUCUGUGCUUCGUCUUGUCCCAAGUCCCCGUGGCGCUCUCGCACAACAUUCAAACUAUUCUUGUUCUCCGGUUCAUAGGGGGCGUCGCCUCUGCUGGGUCGCCAGCGAUAGUCGGGGGUUAUCUGGCAGACUUCCUGCCCCCCGUCGAGCGAGGCGUGGCGGUUGCGAUCUUUGCCGCGACCACCCUCAUCGGUCCCUGCGUGGGCUCCAUCAUUGGCGCCGUCCUGGUAGAGAGUCCGCUGGGCUGGCGGUCGACGGCAUGGUUGACUCUCGUCCUGGGCGUGGUGUUCGGUGCCAUGGGCUAUAUCAUCCUACCGGAGACCUAUGUGCCUGUCCUUCUGAAGCAAAAGGCGGCGCGACUCCGUCUGGAGACUGGGAACAAGCAGUUCUACUCAGCUCUUGAAGAGAAGCCGGUUACUGCGGCCGACUUUGUUGUGCGCUAUCUUAGUCGGCCGUUUGUGAUGCUUUGCCUGGAGCCGAUUUUGUUCUGCAUGACCUUGUAUAUCUCCUUUACAUUUGGCAUGGUCUACCUUUUAUUUACGGCAUAUCCGAUCAGCUUUGUACAGGAACGACACUGGGCCCUCGUCGCUGGGACGAUGCCAUCUAUCUCCGUCGUGGUGGGAAUAAUUCUGGGGUCAGCGCAUGUGGUCUACUACACACUCACCACGCUUCAGAGGAAAUUCCGGGAAGCUGGACACAUCUCUCCAGAGGCCCGUCUUCCGCCCAUGAUUCUAGGAGCUUGUCUUCUCCCAUUUGGGCUGUUCUGGUUCGCGGAGACAUCAAAUCCUGAGCUCAACGCUUGGCCUCAGAUCAUCGCGGGUGUUCCUAUGGGUUUUGGCCUGCAGGUAAUCCUUCUCCAGUCUCUCGCAUAUCUCAUCGACAUCUAUACGACCAAUGCAAACUCCGCUAUUGCGGGGACGGUGGUCGUCCGGUCGCUUCUUGGUGGACUGUUUCCGCUCGUAGCUAUUCCGAUGUAUCGCCACCUUGGGGUUCUCUGGGCAACCUCUGUUCUGGGCCUCGCUGGAGUCGUAUUUGCGCCAGUCCCGGUCCUCUUUCUAGUCUUCGGGCAGAGGAUUCGCGAGUCGAGUAAGUAUGUGCGACGUGAUUAG